UUAUUUGGUGGUCGCUUUCCUCGCUUCGCUGCCACUCCGGCCUUCUACCCCCCUUCCUGUCCCUUCUUCUCUCCCUCCUUUCUUUCUUCUCCUCCGACUUAUCGAGAAAAUGGGUUCUGGGAGCAGUCGAUUAAAGCCGGCUCCGCCGGGCCCACGGGCGGAAAGCCGGGGGAGGCUCAGUCUCGCCUCCUUCCUCUGCGGCGGCGGCGGCGCCUCCUCCGCCUCCUCCUCCGCUGCUGCCGAGAUGGAAAUUCAGCAGUCAGAUAAGUCAGUGAUGUCAUCCACACUUCACGAACCAGUGUUAGCUAAUAAUCUCCAGGUCUUGGUGAAGGAGUCUCCUCUGACCUCCUUAGCAAACAACUCUUCCAGCUCCACAAUUGAACAAAUGAUAUCUGGUCAAAACAGUAAUGGUGACCUUAUGGAGCGCUCAACAGAAAUAGGAAAUGGUGAAACCAGUGAUCCUGGGAAGUGCCUAUCUGUGAGUAAGGAUCUUGUUCCUUCUCUACCAACUGCAAGUUCUGGUCCAGACGUUACUCAUGCAGAAUGUAGUUGUGAUCUAGCAAGCACUUCUAGAAAACCAGAACAUUUAGAACCAUUGUUGAGAAAUGUGGAAAGUACAUUAGCUCCAGCUAUCGAUCUAGAUAAUCACCCAAGUGAUUGUGGCUCACAGACUUCUCCAAUGAGGUUUUCUAAUAGCAUGCCUCAUCCGGGACCUGGACAUUCACCUGCAAGCAGGAUUUCACCUACUGAAAAUCCUUCAAAUGUUCUAGACAUCCUUAGCCCCUCUUCUACUUCCAGUUCCUCUUCAACUUGGAAUUUGUCGGGUGAAGAACCUACUGUAAACAUAACCUCUGCUGGUGCAGCUUUCCUUACUUCUGACAGGUCAAGAGAACAAAGAAAUGGAACUGUGCUUCAUGUUGAUGUGGUCAGCAUCUCUUCCAAUGCUUUAUCCAGUAGUACUGGGGAAGCAAGUAGCAGUGAUGCAAGAAGGAAUAGUAGGAGACUGUUCUGGGAUGCUUUCUCAAGACGCAGUUCUAGGAAUAUUGACUCUCCAUCAAUAUUUUUGUCAGCUGAAGAUAUUGAUGAUCUAGGAUCUCGUGACAGAUGGCUACUUGACAUUGGCGAUGAUAUUUUCGGGAAUGGGGUUGAAGAUGAUUCCAUCUAUAUGCGCCGGAGACGUUAUCAUCCAAGUGGACUAAGUUGGCAUUCUAGAUCGGAGAUAAGAGAACGAAUUCGAGCUGGUUUUGAUGAUAGCAAUAGGCAAACUUCCUUCUGUCCGACGGGGCUCCAUCCAGAUGGUACAUGCUCUUGUGAUUCACUCUUAAUGACUGAAGAGUCAAGCACUCGAGCAAGCAUUUCAAGAAUUGUCAUGUUAGCUGAAGCCUUAUUUGAGGUCUUGGAUGAAAUCCAUCGCCAGCCAGUGUCACUUUCACUUUCUAUGGUUUCACUUCCAGCACCAGAAUCUGUCGUUAAUUCAUUACCCUCCAAGAAUUAUGAAAAGCUUGAUGGAGCUGGAAGUGGAGAUGAUGUGGAACAAUGUUACAUCUGCUUGGCUGAGUACGAGGAUGGAGAUAAAAUAAGAGUCCUUCCCUGCCGCCAUGAGUAUCACAUGUCAUGUGUUGAUAAGUGGCUUAAAGAAAUACAUGGGGUGUGCCCCCUCUGCCGUGGAGACGUCUGUGAGGGCAUGGCUGAGAGCUCCUCAAACUUGUAAAUAUCCCUUAAACCUGUGUAUAUACUGAUGGUGUAGCCAUCUGAAAUGUUUGACGGCAAAUGUUUUGCCAGCACCAGAAAUGCUCCUCAGCUCCCCUAUCUUACCAUGGCUUAGUGUUCUUGCAUGAGCAUGCACAGAUACACUGUGCAAGUUUGGUGCUUCCUAAGAUCAGAUUACAGUUGCUGGCCACAGAAAUCUAAGGUACAUUUGACGAAUUGUGGUCCCAACUAUUUCAUAGGAACUCUGCUCCUGUCACCCGAUGUUUAAGCCAGUAUUCUGGCCUUAAAUAAUGCUUUGCACUUUAUUGCUGGCAUUGAACUUAUCUGUGAUGCAACUGUGAUAGGCUGAAUCCGUAUCUGAUUUGAGGAUUUGGAUACU